AUGCCUGGCAUUGCUCGCAUCGCCCUCGCGGCGACGGCGCUGGCCGCCGCCGUCCAGGCCGUCGCGCCGCCCGCCCAGAACCCGCUCGGCAACCCCAAGACCAAGGUCGUCGACUCGCAGAAGCUCCAAGACCUCAUCCGCAUCGACAACCUCUCCAAGCGCGCCAACGAGCUGUACGCCAUCGCCCAGCUCUCCGAGGUCGACUUUAACCGCCCAACCCGCGUCAUCGGCAGCAAAGGUCACGAGGGCACCGUCAAGUACCUCGUCGACACCCUCCACUCGCUCGGCCAGUACUACACCGUCUCGACGCAGACCUUUCCCCUCACCACCAGCACCGUCUUUGAGUCGCACCUCGUCGUCGGCGACGCCGUCUACCAGGACGCCAAGCCGCUGAGCCGCACGCCCCCGACCAAGGACAAGGAGCCCGUCCACGGACCGCUCGUGCUCGUGUCGCGCAACGGCUGCGAGGCGAGCGACUACCCCGCCGCUGCCAAGGGCGGCAUCGUGCUCGUGCAGCGCGGCGAGUGCGCGUUUGGCGUCAAGUCGGAGCUCGCGGGCCAGGCCGGCGCCAAGGCGGCCAUCAUCUACAACACCGACGACGACGACGUCAGCGGCACCCUCGGCGAGCCCACGCCCAACCAGGUCGCCACCUUUGGCAUCCCCAACAGCCGCGGCACGGCGCUCGUCAAGAAGCUGCACCGCGGCGAGCGCAUCGACGCGAUUGCCUACAUUGACGCAGCCGUCGAGACGGUGCUGACCAAGAACGUCAUUGCGCAGACGACGGCCGGCGACCCGGACCACUGCGUCAUGCUCGGCGGCCACAGCGACAGCGUCGAAGCCGGCCCGGGCAUCAACGACGACGGCUCCGGCUCGCUGUCGCUGCUCGAGGUCGCGGUGCAGCUCGCCCGGUUCAAGGUGCGCAACUGCGUGCGCUUCGCGUGGUGGUCCGCCGAGGAGGAAGGGCUCGUCGGCUCAACUUUCUACGCAAACUCGCUGUCGCCCGCCGAGAACCAAAAGGUGCGCGUCUUUGUCGACCUCGACAUGCUGGCGAGCCCAAACUACGCGUACCAGAUCUACAACUCGACCAACGGCGCCAACCCCGCGGGCUCGGAGGAGCUGCGCGAUCUGGUGGUGGGCUGGUACGAGAGCCACGGGCUCAACUACACGUUUAGCGAGUUUGACGGGCGAAGUGACUAUGUUGGGUUCAUUGAUAAUGGGAUUCCGGCGGGUGGCUGGAGCACGGGUGCGGAAGGCGUCAAGACGGACGAGGACGUUGCAAUGUUUGGCGGCACGGCGGGCGAGUGGUACGACAAGAAUUACCACAUGAUUGGCGAUGAUGUGAGCAACCUGAACCUGGAGGCUUGGGAAAUCAACACCAAGCUGAUUGCGCACACUGUCGCUACGUAUGCCCGUUCGUUCAAGGGCUUCCCCCAGCGCAAGCAGGCUGCAUCGGCUGUGGCUGCUGACAAGGGCUCUGGCUCUCACUUCAAGUACCGCGGGCCGUUUUCCAUUAUUUAA